GGGAGGGGGGACUGCACCGUCGUUACAAGUCCAAGUGAAGAAGGGAGCAGGAGAGACGCAUCAUUGCAGUUGUCCACAGCGCCGUAACACUUAGCGCGGGCAAAACCACUCAAAGAGGAAGAGGAGGGAUGAAAGUCAGACUGCACAUUUGUCACCUCUGUACUUUUCCUGCUCGGAUUUGAAACUGCGGGAUUUUCUUUUCUCUUUAAUUUCCCUUUUGGAGAGAUCUGAGAAGAGGCGACUGCACCGCGAGCCAAUCAGCGUCGCGUCUCAGUCAGCAUCCAGGAGCAGCUCAGCACACUCAGCAUCUCUUGGAGGAGCUGGAUGCAGCGCGCGGGACUCCGCAUCCGCGUUUCUCCGGAGCGGAUUAGGAUUUACAAGUGAUCCCCUUCCCCUCCAUCUCUCCUAGCUUCCUUUGGUGGGUUAUCACCCGACCUGUUUACUGUACUGCGGUACUUUGAUGACUCAAAGACUCGCUGGAAAAGAUCUGCUCCACUGCGCCAAGAAGACCCUCCGCCCUCACUUCCUCCAGCCUCUUUGCUGAUUAAAAGUUCUGCCUUUUGUUUGGACUGCAAUUGCCUGCAAAUUUGCAUCUUUUAAAAAAAUCUUUGGGGUCUUUUCUUUUUUUUUUACCCCUCCAUCCACUUCAGACCCUCCCCUCUCCAGCCGCCCCUCCUCCGCCGCUGUGAGUCCGUUCUAACAGCUGCAUAGAAGAUGUCUGCUCCAGAUGCUGCCCCGCCAGCUGCAGCUCCAGGUGCUCCAGGAGCACCGGGCCCAGAUGGAGCUCCAGCCGGCCCACCCAACACGUCCAGCAACCGCAGGCUACAACAGACACAGGCCCAAGUUGAGGAGGUAGUGGAUAUCAUGCGCGUGAACGUGGACAAGGUUCUGGAAAGAGACCAGAAGCUUUCAGAGCUGGAUGACAGAGCAGACGCUCUGCAGGCCGGAGCCUCUCAGUUUGAAAGCUGCGCAGCCAAGCUAAAAAAUAAAUACUGGUGGAAGAACUGCAAGAUGAUGAUCAUGAUGGGAAUCAUUGGAGUCAUUGUGGUUGGAAUAAUAUUCUUGUACUUCUUCUACUGAGCUCCUCCCAUCGCCACAGAUGGAUAUGAACUUCAGGAGGAUGUAGGGGGGGGGGAUGAGGAGAAAAACCAGAACUAACCCAAGCGCCACUCCUCCCCUUUUUUCAGCCAUUUCUUCCUUAUCUUCUCAGCCUUCCAUCAAACAUGACAGUAGUUUUCAAAGAUGCUCUCUUCCUCAUGUUGCUUUGCUCCCCUGUUCUCCAUGAGGUCUCUUUCGUGCUCCCCUGUCUCUGCUCCUCAUGUAUUAUUGAAGGCUGCAUCCGGCAGAGUGAAAGAGAAGGACGGAGAUAGAGGGAUGUUUAGGGGAACAAACGGGAAAAUACAAAAAUGGGAGAUUUAACAAGAGUUUGUAGUCUCCAGUCCAGUCAAGCCAAAGCUUUGUCUCAUUCAUUUUUUUGUUAUUCUUGUUUGCUAACUAACAGACUCUCUUUCAUCAAGACUGCUGCAAUCAUUGCUGCUUACUAACCGAUGUUAGAUAAAGUUAUUAAACUUUAUGUUGUUUGCUUGUGAGAAAUUGUCCAAAAUCAACUUAAGCUUUUACCAGUAACUUUUUCCAUUUCCUGUCCAACUUCCUGUCACAUGAGAAACUUGUGCAAAAAGAUUACAAGAAAGGAGAAAUGCAAAAAAGGGACCUGGGAAAGGAGGAGGUGAUUCAGGGAGAGGUGGUAGGAGUAUUGAGUAGGAGUGUCCUGCAUAAAUAAGAAACCUAAUUUAGAAUCGAUAGCUAUCAGUGAAGUAGUCUUGUAGAUAAACUCAAUGUUAGCCUGGGGUUUUGGGUGGCAUUAUGCUAGAUCUAAAAUACAAGAUGAAAAAACACAAAGCAGACAAUCUCCACACAAACACAUGAAGAGGACUGAGAGGAAAGUCUCAUCACUGGUGUGGACAGAGUCACAGCCAUAAGCUGAUGCAGCAUCGCCUAUCAAACUAACUUGUUUGGACAGUUUUUUUUUGUUUGUUUUUUGGUGCGUCUCCAUAUGGUUAUGAAACAGCAGGAUUGCUGGGAAAAAGAACAGGAUUAGGAAAGUCUGAGCCAGGCCUCGCCAUCCCCUGCUGACAAAAAAAAAUAAAAAACGGACUCAUCUGUCGCCUGAAGAACCACAAUGGCCUGAAGGAGGUGUGUGUUUCUAACCUGCAUGGCAAACGGUGUCUGUAGUUUUGCCUUUUGUGUAAUCUCUGUGUCUGCCAUUUCUGAUUCUUACUGCCGAUUGUACAUUUUUCUUCAGUUAGUGGGAUCCCAACGUCUUUCUGAUCGAACAGAUCUGCAUAUGCAACGUAUAAUGCAACCAUGCUCACAGGUUUGCCAAGUUUUGUUAGAACCACUUGCUUUAGUAAGAGAAAAAUAAUAUUCAGACACCGUAAGCAAACACUAUUAUUAUGAACUGUCAAUAACAUGUAGUAUUGUAUUUGUGGAACCAUCGUACCCAUCAGUCAGCUUAUGCUGAAAAUGUUUAUACUAAUUCCUUCAGGUCUAGAAGUGGAGGCUGCUGUAUAAUUUAGGAUUGGUUUCUUUCUUUGGACUGAUUCUGAAAGUUAAUGAAACAGAAAAAAUAUCAAGUCAAUGUGCAUUUCUGCACAACUGAAGAGCUAAGCCAGAAGUAUCGAAAUAUAUUGUGUAUCAAUAUUGUUGGGUAAUUGAACCUGAUUUAAGAAAAAUAAAUGGGUUUGGUGACCUGAACAUUCACGAUGAAAUGCAACUGGAUUUGCAAAAUAGAAAUGCAUGUCUAUCACUUUUGCUGAUGUCAAUAAAGAAAUCAUGAAGUGCACCGCA